AUGGGUACAGCAAAGCCUCGCACCUCUGCGAAGGCUGCGAAGCCAGCACAAACACCCCCAGUUACUCUUGCUCGAAACCUGCCCAAGGAGACAUUCGUCAUCGAUAAUGGCGCGUUUACAAUGAAAGCCGGCUAUGCGUUGGAACUCGAAUCCUCCCCCGAAGAAGUCUGCUCCACGAUACAGAAUGCAAUCGCUAAAACACGAGAUGGUCGCAUUGUCGUCGGUCCACAGCUUUCUACUAUCAAGGAUUGGAAUGAAGUGGCUUUUCGACGACCCGUUGAGAAGGGAUUUCUUGUGAACUGGGAAGCGCAACGGGAAAUCUGGGAGCAGACUUUCUUUGAAGAGAAGGCGACACCGAAGAAUAAGGCCUUGCGGAUCCCCAUGCCGCAGGACACGACACUAGUCCUUACCGAGGCACCCAAUGCUAUGCCUGUGUUGCAGCGGAAUACAGACGAGAUGGUGAUGGAGGAGUGGGGAUUUGGGGGAUAUGUUCGGUGUAUAGGCCCGACCCUUAAUGCUUGGAAUGAACUACAUUCUCUUUUUGGAGACCCUCUUUCCGGAUCGCCAACGUCAGAUGUUUUGCCUAGGGAUUGCCUUCUAGUCGUCGACUCGGGGUAUUCGCAUACAACAGUGACUCCAGUAUACCGAGGACAAGCCCUACAGCGCGGCAUUCGACGUCUUGAUAUUGGAGGCAAGUUUCUCACCAACUAUUUGAAAGAAAUCGUGUCGAUGAGGCAGUACAACGUGAUGGAGGAGGCAUAUAUCAUGAAUGAAGUCAAAGAAGCCGUUUGUUUCAUCAGCAAUGAUUUCAAAGAGGACAUGGAGAAAACAUGGAAAGUUAACACCAAGAGCCGCCCUGACUCGCAAGAUAGUGUGGUCGUAGACUACGUGUUACCAGAUCCAAACGCGGGCAAGAAAGGCUUCAUGCGGCCGCAUGAUCCUCUCAUACAUAAGAAGAAGAAGAAGGGUGCACAGUCUGGUCUCAGUGCAGAGGUGCUAUCCGAAGAUGUCUUGGUGCUCGGAAAUGAGCGUUUCUCUGUCCCAGAGCUUCUGUUCAACCCUGACGAUAUUGGAAUGAUGCAGGCUGGUAUUCCAGAUAUGAUUCUUCAAACCUUGUCGGUGCUGCCUGCUGGGCUGCACGCUGCGUUCUUGGCCAACAUAUUAGUUGUUGGUGGCAAUUCUCUUAUUCCGGGAUUCAUGGAGAGACUUGAAACUGAUCUACGCCCUAUUGCUUCGUCGGAAUGUAUUGUGAGAGUGCGCCGAGCAACUGACCCAAUUAUCUCUACUUGGCUAGGAGGAUCUCGUCUCGCAAGUAACCAAGAGGCGCUGGGCCAAGUCGCAAUUACUCGUGAGGAAUAUCAAGAACAUGGAUCUGGAUGGGCCGGUCGACGAUUUGCAGGCAAUGUUUAA